AUGGUCGCCCCGCAGAUGCUCCUGCUCCGGUCCCUCGCGGUGGUCCUGUCGCUGCCGCUGCUGCUGCUGCUGCUUCCCCAGGCUCAGCCGGCGGGUGUCUUCGAGCUGCAGAUCCAUUCUUUCGGUCCGGGGCCCGGCCCAGGGGCCCCACAGUCCCCCUGCGGCGCCCGGGGGCUCUGCCGCUUGGUCUUCAGGGUCUGCCUGCGGCCCGGGGGCUCGGAGGAGGCGGCCGAGGCUCCAUGCGCCCUGGGCGCGGCGCUCAGUGCCCGCGGCCCCGUCUACACCGAGCCGCCCAGGCAGCCUGCGCCCCACCUGCCGCCGCCUGACGGCCCCCUGCUCCUGCCCUUCCGGGGUGCCUGGCCGGGCACCUUCUCUCUCAUCAUCGAAACCUGGAGAGAGGAGUUAGGAGAACAGAUUGGAGGGCCCGUCUGGAGCCUGCUGGCGCGUGUGGCCGGGCGGCGCCGCCUGGCGGCCGGGGGCCCGUGGGCCCGGGACGUGCAGCGCGCAGGCGCCUGGGAGCUGCGCUUCUCCUACCGCGCGCGCUGCGAGCCGCCCGCCGUCGGGGCUGCGUGUGCGCGUCUCUGUCGCUCGCGCAGCGCCCCCUCGCGGUGCGGACCUGGAUUGCGCCCCUGCGCGCCGGUGGAGGACGAGUGCGCGGCACCACUGGUGUGUCGGGCAGGCUGCAACCCAGAGCACGGCUUCUGUGAGCUGCCUGGUGAAUGUCGCUGCCUAGACGGCUGGACUGGGCCCCUCUGCACCGUCCCUGCCCCUGCCAGCAGCUGCCUCAGCCCCAGGGGCUCGCCGUCCUCUGCCAUCACUGGAUGCCUCGUACCCAGGCCUGGACCUUGCGAUGGAAACCCCUGUGCCAAUGGGGGCAGCUGUAGUGAGACACCUAGCUCCUUCGAAUGCGCCUGUCCCCGGGGCUUCUACGGUUUGCGCUGUGAGGUGAGCGGGGUGACGUGUGCUGACGGGCCCUGCUUCAAUGGAGGCCUGUGUGUGGGAGGCGCAGACCCGGACUCGGCCUAUGUCUGCCACUGCCCUCCUGGUUUCCAAGGCUCCAACUGUGAGAAGAGGGUGGACCGCUGCAGCUUGCGGCCCUGCCAGAAUGGCGGCCUCUGCCUGGACCUCGGCCACGCCCUCCGCUGCCGCUGCCGCGCGGGCUUCGCGGGGCCCCGCUGUGAACACGACCUGGACGACUGCGCCGCCCGCGCAUGCGCUAACGGCGGCACGUGCCUGGAGGGCGGCGGCGCGCGCCGCUGCUCGUGCGCGCUGGGUUUCGGCGGCCGCGACUGUCGGGAGCGCGCGGACCCCUGCGCCGCGCGCCCCUGCGCCCACGGCGGUCGCUGCUACGCGCACUUCUCCGGCCUCGUCUGCGCCUGCGCGCCCGGCUACAUGGGCCCGCGCUGCGAGUUCCCAGUGCACCCCGACGGCGCGGAGGACGACGGCGCAGGCGCAUUGCCCGCGGCCCCACAGGGAGGACAGGAGGACCCGCAGCGCUUCCUGUGGCCGCCGGCUUUGGCCCUGCUGGCGGCCGCGGGCUUGGCCGGUGUCGCGCUCUUGCUGAUGCACGUGCGGCGCCGCGGCCCCGGCCACGAUACAGCGUCGCGCUUGCUGGCGGGCACCUCGGAGCCGUCGGUGCUCGCGCCCCCCGACGCGCUCAACAACUCGACGGCGCACGAGGGUGCGGGGGACUGCGCGAGCCCGUCUGCAGACUGGACUCGCCGGGAAGAUGGAGACUCACGUUCGAUUUAUGUCAUAUCAGCUCCUUCCGUCUACGCCCGCGAGGCCUGACUGCCCUUUCUCCAUCAGAGCCUGGAGACAGAGCCUGGAUUUGUUUUUCUUUUUGUAUUUACUUGGUGGUGCCUAUGUCUACCUUGAACUUGUUGGAAGUCAAAGUUGGAAAGGGUGGCUGGGAGGAUUUCACCAUUGGAAAUUGUACAUAAUGGUUAUUUAUCUUUUUUUUUUUUUUAACUUCUCCCCACCCAGAGACAUCUAUAAAGGCUCUUAUUUUUUAUUAUCUUUGACUCCUCAGGCUGAAUGAUAUUUUCAUAUUGGGGUUGCAAAGGGGAAUUAUUGCCUCUGGAGAAUAGUAGGACAGUGCUAUAAGGGUCAGAAACUAUUCAAAGUGGUUUGAGAAAAAAAGGAAUUUAUUUUUAUGGAGACAAAUUGAGAGGGAAAAAGGGCGUAGGAAGGGGGGAGAAAAAUGAGACACUUGGGAGUUGGGCGGUAGCACAGUGGGUUAAGUGCAAGUGGCAUGAAGCGCAAGGACCGGGAUAAAGAUCCUGGUUCAAGAUCCCGGCUCACCACCUGCAGGGUGUCGAUUCACAGGCGGUGAAGAAGGUCUGCAGGUGUCUUUCUCUCCCCUUCUAUGUAUUCCCCUCCUCUCUCUGUCCUAUCCAACAACAAUGACAUCGGUAACAACAAUAAUAAUAACUACAACAACCAUAAAAAUCAACAAGGGCGGGAGUUGGGCGGUAUCGCAGCGGGUUAAGCACAGGUGGCGUGAAGCACAAGGGCCGGCAUAAGGAUCCCUGUUUGAGCCCCUGUCUCCCCACCUUCAGGGGAGUCGCUUCACAAGCGGUGAAGCAGGUCUGCAGGUGUCUAUCUUUCUCUCCCCCUCUCUGUCUUCCCCUCCUGUCUCCAUUUCUCUCUGUCCUAUCCAACAACAAUGAUAUCAGUAACAACAAUAACAACCACAACAAUAAAACAACAAGGGCAACAAAAGGGAAUAAGUAAAUAAAUAAAAAAUCAACAAGGGCAACAAAAGGGAAAAUAAAAAAAAAUAUUUAAAAAAAUAAAAAAGAAAAGUAAAAGAAAAAUGAAACACUUGCAGCUCUGCUCCAUCACUCAGGAAACCUCCCCCUGCAGGUGGGGACCGGGUGUUUGAACUUAGGUCUUUGCACACUUAAUGUGUGUGCUCAACUGGUGUGCCCCUCCCCCAAGAUAACUCAUUCCUAAAACAAACAAGAAGAAUCCUGUGGUAGAUACCAGCACUCAGUGCCUUGGGUGUCUUUAACUUGACCUUAGUAUCCGGUUUAUCACAUGGCCUUGCCUGAGCUAAUGCCUUUCUCCCUCUGGUAUGACUUAUUCUGGUCAUCCAGUGUCUAGUGCG